CUAAAAGUGGUAGUCCGCAAAGAAAUCUGACUGACGCUAUAUUUUUAGCAGGACUUUGGGCCGUCUGCCGAGCUUGACUACGGUCUCGACAUCCCCCCAACCACAGCCGACAUGCGCGUUAAAAAGCCAUAUCGCGGUCCGCUCUCCGCACACACUUUCCCAUUUCUUAGUCUUUUCUCUCCGCCUGUCCCGAUCUCCCCGUCACGAACGCCGUUACCAUCACGGCUAUCUCAUAUUACACGAGCUACCGGUUUUGAGUUACCCUACCUCACCUCACAUCAAGACCGCCGGCUGCUACCGUUACCCGGUUUCCAAUUUUCACUCAUCUUCUCAAUCUCCUCCGCCUCCUUCGGCUUCUUCCCGUUCACCACUGGCGAGGUAGCUUGCGGCAGCACUGAGAAAAAGAGCAAUACCCCUACCUUCCCGCCACUCUUGCCAUCCAUCACUCGUCAACGAUUACACCUUCGACAAGAACUGUUGUCGUUAGGGGCAGGAAAGACGAGGCAUAGGAUCAAAACAAAAACAUGGGUACUUGCUUUCGGCGCUAGAUCUGCCUCAUCGCAGUUUACAGCCUAUCAGCAAGUUAGAGCACCCAGAUUACUGCUCUCACCAUUGUUGUCGCUCUCAUUCGAUCUACAUCCACUUGCGCAAGUUGCCCUGCCGCAAGGCGCUGUGUUCGUGCUUCCGAUCCUGUCGGCAUCGCUAGCCGUGCAACGCCAAGUGUUGGCAGUACGACCAGAGAGUUGUGGGAGCUACCGUAGCCCCGUCCUACAAGCGCACUUGUGUCUCGCAUGGGAAACCUGAACGCUGCAUCAAAGUACACAGCGUUCAGGUUGCGAGAAGCUGCGAGCAUUGGCAGCCAGAUAGGCCUGGUGCGCGAAGACUGAAUGUCAGCCAGUCAGCCAGCCAGUCUGAGCAAGCAAAGCAGCGUGAAGCACCUGGUCAGGCAAGGCAGGAGCUUUGUACCGUCGAGGUGCACGACAGGCAGACACCUCAAGUCCGGGGUGGUUGGCUUCUCGGCAAUCUAGCCAAAGCAAGACGCUCUACAGUCA